AUGCAGCCCGGCACGCAGAAGAGGGGGCCUGCCACGCCCGGCGCCGACCCCUCCCCACCUUCACCCUCCCCGGUUGCCGCCGACAGCCUGUCCCAGCUCUUCCGCCGGCAGCAGCGCUACAUCAACUACUUUUUCGACAACCUGGACUUUGGUCCCAUCCAGCAGUUCUGCCAGGCCUGCCUGGACUGCAAGGGCGUGAUCAUCAUCACGGGGGUGGGCAAGAGCGGGUUCAUCGCGCAGAAGCUGUGCCAGACGCUGGUGUCCACAGGCACCAAGGCAGUCUUCCUCAGCCCGCAGGACGCCCUGCACGGCGACAUCGGCAUCAUCGGUCGGCAGGACCUGCUGGUCUGCUUCUCCAAGAGCGGCGCCACGGAGGAACUCAUCCGUCUCGUGCCCUUUGCUCGGGCCAAAGGCGCGCGCCUCGUCUCCAUCACCUCCCAGCCCGGCAGCGAGCUGGAGGCGGUGUGCGACCUGGCGGUGCACCUGCCGCUGGAGCGAGAGCUGUGCCCCUUUGACCUGGCACCCGUCACCUCCACAGCCAUACAGAUGGUGUUUGGAGACACGGCAGCCAUCGCGCUGAUGCAGGCCAACCACCUGACGCGGGACCAGUAUGCGAUGAACCACCCGGCGGGGCGCAUCGGGAAGCGCCUCAUCCUGCGCGUGGCGGAUGUGAUGAUCAGCAAUGGCAAGGUGCCGGUGGUGCCUCCCUCCACGCUGAUGCCCGAAGUGCUUGUGGAGCUUACCAGCAAGGGGUGCGGCUGCGUGCUGGUGGCGGAUGAGGAGCUGCGCCUGGUCGGCAUCUUCACAGACGGAGACCUGCGCCGCACGCUGCAGCAGGCAAGCUGGGGCGCGGCGCCGGCAGAGGGACGAGGGCUGGCGCUCGGCAGCCUGCAGCGUGCUGGAUGCGGCGCGGAGGGGCGGGAUGUGAUGGGCCUGCGGGUGGAUGAGGUGAUGUGUGAGGAGCCCAAGACCUGCGGCAGCGAGGAGAUGGCGGUGGAUGCGAUGCAUGUGAUGGAGGAGGCGCCCAAGGUGGCGAUGCUGCCGGUGGUGGACGACGGGCGGCUGCGGGGGCUGGUCACGCUGCACGCCCUGGUCAGCGCAGGCCUGUGA